AUGACAGAUGGACUGGAGACAUCAAGAGCUGAAUCAUCAUCCUCUGGUGGUUUGGACAUGUUUGAUGAAACAGAAGACAAGUCUACACCAAAAGUGAAAGUGAAGAUGAUAAUGAGUAGGACUGACCUUCUGGACAUCCUUCAAAUAUCAACUCUUGAGGAGUUUUAUGCCUUCCUUAAGAGAUCUACAAUAAAGCUGUACUGA